AUGAUGAAAUCGAUCUUCUUUGGCAUCGUUACCCUGAUGUUUGCGGCUGUUAUCAUGCAGCAGGAGCAAGCCUCUGCACAGGGGACCGACCCGAAACUUUCCUCAAGCACCGACGAGUGGGAUUUCAUGGACAAAAAAUGUUCCGAUAAGCUGCAUGAUCAGAUAAAAAAGGAGUUCAAUGCUGCGAUCUUCUACAUGCAGUUCGCUGCCUACUUCUCCCAGUAUAAGGUGAACUUGCCUGGGUUCGAGAAUUUCUUCUUCCACGCGGCCUCGGAAGAGCGAGAGCAUGGCAUGAAGCUAAUCGAGUAUGCACAGAUGCGCGGACAAAAGCCGAUUAACAGCACAAAUUUCAAGCUUGAAUUCGAAACACAGGAAACGGAAAAGAAAUCGGCGGGACUGAGCGCUCUGGAGAAGGCCCUUCGUAAGGAACAGGAGGUGACCUCGAGCAUCCGCGAGCUGAUCAAAAUCUGUGAGCAAGAUCACAACGAUUACCAUCUGGUAGACUACCUGACGGGAGAAUUCCUGGAAGAACAGCACCAGGGACAGCGCGAUCUGGCCGGAAAGAUCGCCAUGUUGAAGAAGCUGUUGGUCACGAACAAAAAGCUGGGCGAGUUUAUGUUCGACAAACAGAACAUGUAA